AUGAAGCUAAUUUGGCCUGUGACAUCUCGAACCGCUGGAGGAUGGAGUGGAUGUAGAACGCCAAAGAGAGAGAGAGAGAGAGAGAGAGAGAGAGAGAGAGAGAGAGAGAGAGAGAGAGAGAGAGAGAGAGAGAGAGAGAGAGAGAGAGAGAGAAAGAGAGAGAGAGAGAGAUGGUGCGGGCAGCACCAUCGCGACGAAUCUCCAUUCCAAGAUGAAAGAGCUCGCCGAAAUCCUUGCAUAGAAGACGCGCCUGCAGGGCCUUCUUGA